AUGACCUCCACUUUAAAGCUCGCUCUCGUACUUGCCGCCUUCCAGCUUGGCGUGCAGGUGCUUGCCAGCCCUGUCGGCGUCACCCAGCCCCCCACCACGGCAUCAAGCGCACCGCCGUCCAUUGAGACCAUCCCGCUGGCCCAAUGCCUGGCUACCGUGGAGUGCUGCCAGUCGACGUUAUCGCUUCCGACCAUACCCGUCGAUAGCUUGACGUCCAUCCUGCCGUUGCCGUCUGGCCUCCCCAUUCCCACUUUGGGCCCGUUAGCGGGAUUUCAAUGCUCUGCGGCCACCGAUCUUGACAUUCUUGGAAAUCAAUGCUUGGCGGGUGGCACGCCGCUCUGCUGCCAACUCGUUCUGCCUGGUAUGUGA